AUAUGGUUGUUUAUUUACUUUAUAGAACACCAGGAAGCGCUGUUUAACACAGACUGCAGGCUCAAUCUGUUGCUGCACAGCAUCCGUGAACAGUGUCACUGCGAGAUAAGAGGUGAAUUACAAGAUGUGCCAAUAAUGCUGGGCUCCCUGUGAUGCUAUGAGCGACUCAGAACUUAAUGCCAAAUAGUGUAGCCAGUGAUAAGCAUCACUUUCAACCAAAAGCUUUCUCUGCAUUGUACCCGAGGGAGCCGAAAGCAGGCAAUCACCGUCCGUCUUUUUUAAAAGGGGCUAGGAAGGUCCUGGUGACUACAAACAGUUACAAAAAAACUUGACACACUGUACCAUACUUUGGCUCAAAUCGCCUGUCCAUGAACUUGUGCUAGUUAUCCCCCCUCCUCCCCUUAUCAAAGUUGCCAGCAAUAUAAGGCCAUGCUCAAAACGUUGAGAACCAAAGGGAGAUGAUAAGUGUUAUAUUUCGCAGACACUUAACUAGCAGCGAUUUGAAGAAAGAAAGGCCGGUUUUGGACGGAGUUUCUCAACAUUUUUGCGAUUAGUUGCAGUAUGACAAGCACUGGAAAAAUUGCGCAUGUCAUCCUUUUAAUGUCGUGAUUGGUAGCGUAAAUUUUAUCGUACAAAACUAUAUUCUAAAAUGCUGAGUGUGCAAGUUUUGGCCUUAUUUUAGCACAAGUGGAUCUCUGUGAAGUGAGCGGACGGCCCAAGAAUCUACCUCAACAACCUCCGGAAUCUUAUGCAACAAAUUAUCUAAAACCAAGGGAAAAAUACGUACUUAUACAAAUGGAAAGUGAGUAAUUUAUAUUUGUAAAUAACAUCUUUCAUUUUAGACGUCUCGAGAUUGAAAUAAAUCUCUUCUCUAAAACUGCCAAGUCUUCCGUUACAAAUGUACCUGUGAUAAUUGACGUAAUAAUAUUUUCCUAUUCCGUUGCAGAGGAAAAUGGCAAAUUGGCCUACAAACCGCUGUUGGUCGACAAAAAGAUCAUCACAGAAGAUUUUCUUGGUAAAUUUAAUAAUUUUACCUUUUCCAGUAAAAUGAGUCUAAUUCAUACUCAUAUAGAAUAUCACAAGAGAUUGUUAUUGUUUUAACGAAACCAAAAACUGACAAAAAUAACCUGCGUACUGACUGAUCGCCGAGCGAUUUUCGUUUCUCUCGGGCUACAGCGCAUAUAUAACCCUGAAGCGAUUAGUGGUCACGUGGCACACGACAUAGCGUUUUGUUCCGCAAGGAAAGUGAGGAGGGUGGGAUGGGAGGGGGGAGGGUUGAAGAUCAGUGGAGAGACUUAGACCCACAUUUCUUAAAAUACCCUUCAAAUUCUAAAAUGUCGCGUGGUAAAUUGCAUAUUUUUAGCGCCUUGACAUCAGGAGCCAGCUAAAAUAUAUACUUUUCAACCCUUAGCGAGCCUAGAAAAAGAAAUGGCUGAACGAGAAAUCAUGACACGUUCGCCUAGAUUCACAAAGAAAAGAAAUUCAUUGAAACCUGAUCGAGCUGGUAUGCCUGGGCGUCUCAAGAGGACCUUGUCGGCAAGAAAGAGUUCUCAAAAGCUGGAUGCAGAAAAUCACUGA